GUGACAGAGAGGCAGAGAGAGGCAGAGAGAGUGACAGAGCAGAGAGUGACAGAGAGGAAGAAGGGAAAACGGGGACGAGGAAGGAAGAAAAGAGAGCGUCCCCUUUCAGGAUGUGUCGUCUUUCUGGCUGGUGUGGAUGACUAACCUUCGACUAGAGAUGCCACUUCACAUCGCCAUCGUUGGGUGCCUGGUGGCUGCUAUCUCAGGCCUGAUCUCUCCGACCCUUCCUACCUUGUCUGAAAAUCUGGAUGAUGUCCACAGCAUGGGAAACUGGACAUUGGAUAUUGAACCGAAGCCUGUCCGUUUGGUGAACAAGACAGGCCCUUGCAGCGGGACCCUGCAGGUUAAGAUUUCAGGGGCCUGGUGGCCCAUCUGUGAGGACUUCUGGAGCAACAAGGCCAGUCUGGCUGUCUGCAAGAAGCUGAACUGUGAGGGAACAGAGCCAAGUGGGUCUGCCAGAACCCCAACCCCAGAGAGACCAGAGCAUCCCCCUGUGGGGAACAGGAGUGCAGUCAUCAAUGACACGUGGCGCUCCCCUCUGCCUGUGCUCUGUGACCAGGUACAGUGGGAGAGCUGCCAGGUACAGUCCUCUGCGUGCAUCAGCGGGAAAUCAACCAAGGUCGACUGUGCAGAAGUCCAUGCUGUGCGGCUGGUGGGUGGAAAUGAUAGUUGUGCAGGUCGGGUAGAACUGAAGGACAAAGGCUCCUGGGGAACUGUAUGUGAUGAUGCCUGGGACCUGAAAGAUGCUGAGGUUGUGUGCCGGCAGCUGGACUGUGGCUCGGCUGUCAAGGCCCCGGAGGGCUCAUACUUCCAGAAGGGCCAAGGGCCCAUCCACCUGGACGAGGUGAACUGCUCUGGGACUGAGCUCUUCCUGUGGGAGUGCCCUGCCCAGAGAAACCAUGACUGUGGUCACAAGGAGGAUGCCAGCGUUGUUUGCUCAGACUCUCCAAUCUCCAAUAUGUCACUGUUUCCUACGACCUCCUCAACACCUCAGUUACCCACAACAGCAUCCUUUGAGCUGAUGGAAAUGCAAAAGAAGGAGCUUCGAGAGCAGGUCCUCUUCAUCCUCUGUAUCAUCCUAGGAAUUCUCCUCUUGGGGUCACUCAUUGCUCUGACUUUUGUCAUUCUGAAGGUUAAAGGGAAGUAUGCACUUCCAAUCAUGGAAAAUCACAAUCAGCGGACAUCCACAGCCACCCUUGGAGGGAACAAUAGCUACCAGGAGGCCUCUAUCAUCAUCCCCAAAGAAGAAGCACCCAAGCCUCCCCUGCAGGUGACAGCCCCACCCUCAAAGGACUCCGACUCCGACUCUGACUCUGACUAUGAGCGCUAUGACUUCCACACCCAGCCCCCCGUGCCCUUGUCCACCUUCUAUAACUCCCAGAAGCACCGUGUGACUGAGGACAUGGCCCAGCAGAACAGGUUCAGAAUGCCCCCGCUACAGGAGGGUCUCCCUGCCCCCGCUCCUCAAAACUACCCAAGGCACAACAGUGAGUCUAGUACAUCUUCUGGGGAAGAUUACCGCAACAGUCCCGCCAGCACACUGCCUCAGUCCAAUAUUGUUGGCUUUUCUUCAGAGAGGAAUCACCUCCUGGAACAGCCUCCUAACCUGGAGCUGGCUGGGUCCCGAUCCACUCUUCCUAAUGCCCCUCUUCUGGCUUCUCAGAAUUACCAGAGGCAGGACAGUGAGUCCAGCACUUCCUCUGGGGAAAAUUACUGCAACAGUCCCACCAGCAAGCUGCCUCGGUCCACCUUCCCCGGCUUUUCUUCUGAGAGGAACAUCCUGGAUCAGUCUCCUAACCUGGAGCUGGCUGGGUCCCGGGCCACUCUUCUUGGUUCCCUUCCAGGAACCCACUUUGGAGUUGUUCCAGCAGGACAAGUGAAUGAAGAUAGUUCUAGCACCUCUUCUGGGGAAUGCUACCAGAAUUAUAGCUCAUCCCAGAAGCCUCCUGUGGAGUCCUUUGUGUGUCCAGAGCCACCUACCCCAGCAGGCAUGAGCAGUAAAGAAGAUGACUCAUCUAGUGAAGACUAUGAUGACAUCUGCGCUUCAUAAAGCAAGACUCAGAGAGAGGGAAGGAUGCCUGUUGAUUCCUGCUCCACCUGCCUUCCAUUCCUGCUUCCCCACCUUCCCUCCUGGACCACCCAGGGCCACAAAACCAUACAGAUUGGGAUCCAAGAAUCCACGGAGUGGAAAACGCCAUUCCUUACCCUGAACUGACCAGUCUCCACUCUGCUGUUGCUGAGCCUCAAACCAAUUAACGUCAGCUAGUAUGUCCCCUGAUGAAUGCACAAACCUCAGGCAGCCUGUGCCUCAGUGGAUGGUGGGGGGAGAAUCCCAGAUCUGGAAGGAACCUCUUCAGCCAUCCCCUCCAACAGAGACAUGACCAAGAGUCUUUUCCGUGACAUUGCCAACAAAGUCAACCAUCCUCCAUUUGAAAAUCUCCAGCAAGGGGAAAACCUGCUGCCUCCUGAGAUAGCUCAUUCCACUCCUGACCAGCUCAAUUCAUUAUGAAGUUCCUCCAGACAUCAAGGCUAAAUUUGGCAUCCUGACCCCUACCCCCAUCCCUCCACCACCACUCUGUCCCUUGGGGCCAAGCAGAGUAAUUCUUCUACCAUAUUACAUUGAAAAGAGUUGUCAUGGCCUCUAUGUCUUCUUUUCUCAAAUUUAAAUAUCUCAAGUUCCUUCAGUUGGUCUUCACAGGAGCCUCUUGUCCUUCUAACCCCCUCCCCUCAUGCUAGUGAACUGCCAACUUCCCCUUAUUGCCUGGUCCUCAUUCUCGGACUUGUUGCCCUCGAGUUGUUCCCAUAGCAUCAUAGAAAGAGGUCUCAAUGUCAAAUCAGAGCAUCUGGAGUUGGAUCCUGACUCUGCUACUAUCUAUAGGCCCUUGGGCAAGUCACUUCUCUCUGAGCCUCAUCAAAAAAUGAUCUCAAAUGUCCCUUUGAGCUUGAAAUCCUAUACUUCACCAUCUCUAAGAUGCUGACUAUUGCCUUCUUCCCAGGGCUUCCCCAACUCUUCUUAUGAUAAUACCUGCUAAGCACAGCAGAGGCCACAGUAAUAGCAGGACCUAUGGGGAUCUUCUCAGGGCACCAAUGGUUUCCAGUGGAGACCUUGUCUCGUACCUAGGAGAGAGAGACUACUUCACCCUGGCACCCCACUAGCUCCCCAGCCUCAGGGGUCAUGUGCCUGGACUAGAGUAUGUAUUUAAGUGGAUGCCAAUGGAGAAAGGCUGAGACAGGAGCCCACAAUUCCUUCCACCCCUCUCCAGAUGAGCUUCGUAGGGGGCAGUUUUACUUUCCACUCGGUUUAAAAAAAAAAAAAAGAAUGUAUCUUAUAGGGAAAUGACCAUUGUACGUAAUUUCCCCCUUGAUCGCUGGCUGGAGUGAGUCGAAAGGAGGAGGAGGAGAAACUUAGGGUCACUUAUUCUUGACGACACUGAGAAUAAA